ACACCAGGCAAUGAUGAGGUGCAGCAGCUCCAGAAGGCCUUGCUUGACUAUAUUGAUGACAACGUGGAGACAGACACAUCUUUACUGUUUGCCAGGAACUUUUACAUUGCUCAAUGGUAUAGAGACGUAACAAGUGAGGCGGAUAAGGCCAUGAAAUCUCAAAACGAGAGGGAUGAGGACUCAAAGUAUUAUUCCAAGGAGGUUGAAUCAAGCGGGGACAUAAUGCACAAAGCAGAGACAAGGAAGAAGUUUCUCCGUAAAGUCAUAAAGACAUCACCAUCUCAUUUUAGUUCUUUAAAGAUGAAUUCAGACGUAGUGGACUAUGAAGACUGCAAUCUCAUUGUCAGAUAUCUGGCCUCCAUGAGGCCUUUUGCACAGAGCUUCGAUAUAUAUUUAUCACAGAUUUUACGGGUGUUGGGCGAGAGUGCGAUAGCAGUCCGAACAAAAGCUAUGAAAUGUCUUUCUGAAGUAGUGGCUGUUGAUCCAAGCAUUUUGGGACGAUCGGAUAUGCAACGCGGGGUCCACUGUCGUCUUAUGGACAACUCCACCAGUGUGCGAGAGGCAGCAGUGGAGUUACUCGGCCGCUUUGUGCUCAGUCGCCCUGAACUUAUUGAGCAGUACUAUGAUAUGCUUAUUGAAAGAAUAUUGGAUACAGGCAUAAGUGUCCGAAAGAGGGUUAUAAAAAUCCUGAGAGACAUUUGCCUUGAACUGCCAGACUUCCACAAGAUCACUGAGAUGUGUGUGAAGAUGAUCCGCAGAGUCAAUGAUGAAGAGGGCAUCAAGAAACUGGUCAAUGAAACGUUUCAGAAACUUUGGUUCACUCCAACACCGAAUCAUGAUAAAGAAGCAAUGACCCGCAAGAUUCUCAACAUUACAGAUGUGGUCUUGGCAUGUAAAGACACUGGCUAUGACUGGUUUGAGCAACUUCUUCAAAAUCUGCUAAAGUCUGAAGAAAAUGCCUCCUACAAACCUGCCAAAAAGGCUUGUAUUCAGCUGGUGGAUAGUCUGGUUGAACACAUCCUGACAUAUGAGGAAUCUCUUGCAGAGGACAAAGGGGUCAGCUCUGGGCGACUGGUUUCAUGUAUAACCACGCUUUACUUGUUUAGCAAGAUUCGACCACAGUUAAUGGUUAAACAUGCCAUGACAAUGCAGCCAUAUUUGACAACUAAGUGCAAUACUCAGAAUGAUUUCAUGGUCAUUUGUAAUGUGGCCAAAAUCCUGGAGCUUGUGGUGCCUCUAAUGGAGCACCCCAGUGAGGGCUUCCUCACUACUCUUGAAGAAGAUUUGAUGAAGCUUAUCAUUAAAUAUGGCAUGACAGUUGUCCAACACUGUGUUAGUUGUCUUGGCGCUGUUGUGAAUAAGGUCACACACAACUACAAGUUUGUCUGGGCUUGUUUUAAUCGCUACUAUGGGGCUUUGGCAAAACUGAAAACCCAACAUCAGGAGGACUCCACCAGUCCGACUCUGGUCAAUAACAAACCCACACUCCUGCGCUCACUGUUCACUGUUGGGGCUCUAUGUCGACACUUUGACUUUGACCUGGAAGAGUUCAAGGGUACCACCAAGAUUGUAAUCAAAGACAAGGUUCUAGAGCUGCUAAUGUAUUUCACCAAUCAUCAAGAUGAAGAAGUGCAGAUUAAGGCACUCAUCGGACUGGGCUUCCAAUUCAUCAUGUACCCAGAGUUGAUGUUUGUGCAAGAUCUGAAGGUCUUGUAUAAUAACACUCUGUCCGAUGAAAGUGUGUCAGUCAGUUUAAAGAUACAAGUGUUGAAGAACCUCCAGACAUAUCUUCAGGAAGAGGACUCUCGGAUGCAGGAGGCUGAUCGUGAAUGGAAAAAGACAGCAAAACAGGAGGAUCUGAAGGAAAUGGGAGAUGUCUCCUCAGGCAUGAGCAGCUCUAUAAUGCAGAUUUACUUAAAGCAGGUGUUGGAGUCCUUCUUUCACUCUCAGUCUACUGUGCGCCAUUAUGCCCUUAAUGUGAUCACACUAACUCUGGGUCAGGGGCUUAUACACCCUGUACAGUGUGUGCCGUACUUGAUUGCUAUGGGAACAGACCCUGAGCCAACCAUGAAAAACAAGGCGGACAAUCAGUUGGUGGAGAUUGACAAGAAAUACUCAGGUUUCAUCCAUAUGAAAGCUGUUGCUGGUUUGAAGAUGUCUUAUCAAGUGCAACAGGCCAUACACGGAUCCAAAACUGCAGUGAUUCGAGGUUUUCGCCCUGAUGACAAAGACUCAGCUCUCUGCUCCCAUCUCUACACAAUGGUUCGUGGAAACCGACAGCACAGACGAGCUUUCCUCAUAUCGCUGCUCAACUUGUUUGAUGACAGCACAAAAACAGAAGUCAACAUGGUGCUAUUUGUAGCAGACAACUUGGCCUGCUUUCCGUACCAGACACAGGAUGAGCCCUUGUUUAUCAUGCACCAUAUUGAUAUCACUCUGUCUGUGUCUGGUAGCAAUCUUCUGCAGUCCUUUAAAGAGUCUUUACGAAAGGAGCCAGUGCCCCGACAGAAAAAUGCAAAGAAAAAGGAAAAGGCGAAGAAGAAGAAAAAGAAACACAAAAAGAGAAAGUAUAACUCUGAAGAUGAUGACGACAGCAGUGAGGAAAGCAGCAGCAGCUCCAGCAGCAGCAGUGAAGAGGAGGAGGUGGUCCAAAAGAAAACCAAGUCUGUGGACUCAGACUCGGAUUUGGACGACGAAGAUGCCAUUUUAGACCGUCUACCUGAAAACCCUGGUCCUCUACUGGACUUUGCCAGUGCCUCGCAAGGUGUACUGUUAUUGCUGAUGCUAAAACAGCAUUUAAAGAAUCUCUAUGGCUUCUCUGACAGCAAAAUCCAGAAAUACUCUCCAACAGAGUCAGCCAAAGUCUAUGACAAGGCAGUGAACAGAAAAUCCAAUGUGCAUUUUAAUCCUCGCCAAACACUGGAUUUCCUAAAGACCAAUCUCGCUAACACAAAUCUCAACUAUGAAUCCAAGCGAAAUAUUGUGAAGCAGUUCUUAGAUUUCAAGUUACUAAUGGAACAUCUGGAUCGUGAAGAGGAGGAGGAGGACGGUGAAGCUAAUGCCAAUGCCAAAAACAAAGUCAUUACUUCCCUUCUUAAAGGUCCAAAACUGCAAAGCAACAACCAUCACACUGAAGCAGCUCCAGUAGAGACAAGCGAUGAAGAAAGUGAGGAUGAGAGUCCCCCAGCGAGGAAGCCAAGAAAAGGUGGCGAUUCAGCUGAGGAUUCAGGUCAAAAGAAUGAACCCGUGGAGGUCAUGGACAUUAUUGCCACCUUCUGUCCUAAAUACAAAGACCGACCACAGAUUGCCAGGGUUGUUGAGAAAAACAGAACAGGCUACAGUAUACACUGGAUGACAGGAACAUACUCUGGGCCUUGGUCAGUUGCAAAGAAAAAGGAUGGUCGUAAAAAGGUGCCUUGGGUCGACACUGUCAAAGAAUCGGACAUUAUAUACAGGAAAAUAAAUCUGACAAGUGGACAGAAGCUCUCAAACAAAGUAGUACACGCGCUCCGAGCGCUUUAUGCUACCAAGGAUGCAUCAAAUAAAUAAAUGACUCCUACAAUGUUAACUAUGCUGUUAACAUUAUGAGGCAGUGGCAGUAUGUUAACAUUGACCUUUUGAGAACAAGACUGAUGUAAAUGUUAAGAGUAAAGAGGCAUACCAUAAGAAGGAAAUGUUUAGGAAAACAUUGUAUGGGAGUUCCUUCGCUGUUGUGCAGCAACUCUGUUUUUGAUUUUUACUCCCACUGUAUAAUAGUUUAAAACAUGUUUAUAUCUGAACAUAAUUCUGUAAAAAAAUAAGUGAAUGUUGGAAGUUAGUGUAUUCAUGCUGUUCUUAAUAAAGUGUUUUUUGGAGUUUAAACUAGCAGCAGAUCUUUUAUUUACAAGAGUUUAAAAUUACCAUUUUUCUGUUUUUGUUUCUGGAUUUAUAGUUGCAACACUGCAACACGUAAAUGUGUCCUUGUUUUUAAACCAAGCAGUAUGUGCCAAUAUACAGGGGAAUUUACCGUUUUUAAAUGUAUAUUUUGAUGUUAUAUAGAAAAUGCUGAAAAUAUUUCCCCUUGUAUCUUUGAAGUCAAUACUGCAAUAAAUCAUCCCUCUGCCUUU